GUCGCCCGAACACCUCGGAGAGGCUGGCUCCGGCGUCGUGAUCGCGUGCGAGGGAAAAAAAAGGGGAAAAGGGAAGAGAAACGGGGGCGCGCACGGAGACGAAGAGAGAAAGGCGAGGGUAAGAACUUCAGGAAGAGAGAGAGAGAAAGAAGAAAGCACUCUCUUAAAGCCGAGAGAACUCAACGUGUCCGUGCAUCCUCCUUCAGGAGAGGAUGACGUUGUUGCCCAUGACGUCGCGUAGGCGCUGCGGCCGCGGAAUCCGCGUCCGCUGCUGGCCCUAUUAUUGACUCGGGCGGGUUGGUCCGGCGGCCAUGACAAGGAGUUGUAUUUUCCCGCGAGGUCGACAGAUGGCGCGGCGUGUGCGGUCCGCCACCCUCCGCCUGGAAUGCUCUUGGCGAGGAUCCUGCCGACGCUAUCCUGCCCCACGGGUCCAUCCACGACGCUGAGGGCGACUCGACGACGGCCAGCCGGAGGGUAUCUCGACGCGGAGCGUCCCCGCGAAAGCGCGAACGUCACCGAGUGAACGCGAGAGCGCGCCCGCGCGCGCGCGCGCGCGUCCGAGUGGAAUCGUGCGGGGCGGAAGCGGUGCGGAAAGUCCAUUUCGGAAAGGCCGUAUCUAGGGUGGACCAAGGACACCCCAAACAGGGGGUGAUCUGCCCUGUCGGAACGCGGGUGUUAAUCCCUCGCCGGGAGAGACUCGUCGCGGUGGAGGAUCGCUCGCGGAGGAUCUCCGACGUUUCGCCGAACGGGGUUAUUCGAGUGGCGCCGAAUCAGGCGGAGCGAAACGUCACAAUCUGCCCUCGGGAGUGCCGUCCACCAUUUUGGCUGCGCGGAGGUUAUUCUCGAGUGGAAAGCGUCGGGACGUCAUCCGGAGACGACAUCCGUGGAAUUUCGGAGUUUUUAGGCAGCGAAAGCAGUGCGCGGGUUCGUUUGGUGGAUCGGUGCAGUUUUUUCUUUCCUCGACGAAUCUAUCGUCAUGCCGGAAGAGGAGAUGCGCGGAUCCAUUAGUUGAUGAAGAGUAAACUGUGCUUCGAGGAAGAGUCACGCGGGCAGAGAGCUGGAUCUGUAUAUGUGAAAACUGCGAAGGGACAUUUCAGACUGACGGACACUAAUCGAUCGAAUCGGUGAAUUGUUAAAUGGAUACGUGGAGGAAUGGAAGAGGCAAGAUUUGUACAUCGAGGGAGAAGAGAAACAUGGAUUAGCGAGGAUACUUCAUUGAUCGAGAAGGGUGGCUGCGAAGAAGUAAACAUCGUUUCGCAUCCGACAUCGAUUUAUCGAGGAAAGUAAGAUGCUGAGCAAGUCUGCAGGAAUCUUCGGGAAGGAAGAAUCGCGCGCUUAUCGAGUGUCGGGAAAGAUAUUCUGCAGAAGAGCGAGAUGUAGAUCUGUGAUCCCCGUCUGUUGAAAAGCAUGACGAGUUAAUAUCAUCUCCGACAAAGGCGUCAAAAUUAAUUUCGCGCUGAGGGAAAAAAUUGCGACUUUUCCCAUCAAAAGAUGAGGGAUUUAUUUGAUUGAAAAAAUACUGCUCGCUCGAAUCGCUUUGGAAAACUCCUACCUGCGUGGCCUAGAAAACUCAGCAUCCCAGGAAUAUCGAGGGUUUUUGCUCGCUUAGACAAAAUUCUUCACAAAAGCACAUCCUGGUACCAAAAAAAAAAAAAAAAAAAAAAUUCUUUUUUGCCGCCAAGAAUGCGAUUUUUGUUUGCUUGAAAAAUCGCUGAUUUCUUGAAGACUUCUUUAUCUGUCAACGUGUCUCUGCUUAAAGGAUAUUUAUUUGGAAGAAGAAUUUGCGAUGGCAAAAAUUGCAGAUCCCUCUCUGCGAUUCUAAAAGUCGGAACUUUCUCCACCUUCAAGGAGAGGAAUCCUUUCGCGAGAGGAUGCAGCGAGAGCCGAAGGACUCGUGGGAGCUGAAGGGAUGAUUAAUAAAGACUCCAUGGAAUUCGCGGGGCGGCAACCGAUGGUGGUUCUUCAUGGAAGGUGGCUGAAUCUGAAAUAGCGUCUCUCCGAGAGAGUCGUCAGAUGUAACGUUUCGCCUUUUUUCAAGGACAUGGCCGAGAAUUAAGAGACUCCGAUAGGCGUCCGGUACGCCAGGAAGGACGAUGGAGCUCGAGUGAUUUCGGCAAUGGACCGAUAAGUAGUUUUAGAUGUUUCGUACGGAGUCCGUGUAAGAUUGUCGAGAUUGUCGAGUGCUACGGAAAUAAAGUGAUACUCCUCGCUUCGAAGGAUUACGAUUACGAAGGGCCAGGUUUCUCCGUUUCGCGAGACAAUUCCUGGCAUGCGUAGUACGGGCGAGUCGGGCAUAGGGCUCGUUCCGGGACUAGCGAAGGGAUCAAAGGAGGGUCGUCUGGCCGCUCUCGAGCGGUUUGAGGACCGGUGAGCACGACAGGGCGAGCAACCCCCUUGCCGAAGACCAGCAACCCUCCCGUCCGUCACUGUCGACGAACAACAGAACAGAUGUCCUGACAGUGGGCCCCGGGCCACCAGGAUGCCGACAGACGACGACUAUGGCCGAAGAGAUCGUCUCCUGUUGCACCAGCACCCUAUCGCUCAGUACGGAUCCUCGUCAGCUCCGCUUCCCGGAUCGAGCGCGCCGAAUUCCGGUGGCGUGGGGACCCAGAUCGGUCCCAACAAUCCCAGCGACUGCUUCACGAAGCUACAAGCGGAGCAGCAGCAGCAGCAAUCGUCCGACUUGCGUUCGGUGGCGAGCACCGCGAGCCAGUCGGGCCAAGAGCGUUACCAGUCGGAUCAACAGACCCAAAGCAGCGAGCAUGUCGGGAGCCGAAUGGUCGAUCGGCACGAGAAAUCCGCGGAGAAGCCUACGAUCGACUUCUCCAAGUGCGGUGAGGGUCGUUCGUCGGGUUGCGAGCGCUUCGGGCAUUACCAGGCUCCGAGCGGUGGCGAGCAUGUGGGGAACCGAAUCGGUAGUGAACGGCACGAGAAGGCCGUGGACAAGUCUUGCAUCGAUUAUCCCAAGUGCGGAGAGACCGGUCGUCCCUCGAGUUGCGAGCGUUUCGGACAUUAUCAGACCUCGACGUUCGGCCAGUCCUCGAGCUUGCACUACGGCGCGCAUUCUAACGCCGAUCGUUUCGCGCGAUUCAACGAUCUCAGCGCGUUGCACGGCGAGCAACGGGUGGUCUCCGCUGGCGAUCGCUACUCCAUCUGCAACUCGGAGCUGCACUUCGAUCCCACGGGCUCGAGCGGCUCGGGCGAGUACGCGAACGCGAACGCGCUCGUCGGCUCCUUCGCCUCGGAGACGUUCCCGUCGCCGCCGUCGCCGGCACCGGCCAACGAUCGCUUUGUCCCGCCACCGCCACUGUCGCCCAGUCCGAGCGAGAAGUACGCCUCGAGCCAGAGCCUGGCUGGUUACCCUGCUGCUGAUCGCAUUUUGCCCCCCAAUUCUCCGGGGCCCAAGUAUGGCGCCGACGGCGCCUCUUCAGCAUCGCCGAUGCCCGCCAAGGAGCGCUUCGCCUCCACCGAGCGGCUGUUGGCCACUCAGCAGUCAGCCAGCGGCGACCCCAAGGAUCAGCAACGCUACCCUGGAUCAUCGUCCGAUCAUCGUCUGCUCUCGGGCUCCUCCCCGGUUCUGGAGGGACUUCAGACGGGACUUCAGAGCGGCGGAGGAGGCGUCUACGCCAAGGACACUCGCUACGCCGCUAUUUCCGCGGACAGGAUACUGUCCUCCUCGCCGAUACACGCUCCGGUACCGGAGAGAUUCAAAUCGGAAAGGUACUUGGCCGAGUCGCCCGUUCACGAUAGAUAUCCUCGACAGGAUCCAUCAGCGACAGCACAUCACGAGCGGUAUUCGGCGAUUGCGGCGGCCACCGAGAGGUUCCUCUCGAAUUCGCCUAAUCCUGAGAGCGCGCAUCAGCGCUAUUCAUCGUCAGAGCGCGCGUCUCUUCAAGCCUCUUCCAGCAGUUCCGAGCAAAAUCGGCGCCUCUACACUGACAGAGGCGUCGAGACAGUUUGUCAGAAGUAUACGGAUCGAUCGAUCGGCUCGCCGGCGUCCACCGAUUUCGGCAGAUACUCUGGCUUCUCGGAAGUCGGCAAUCAGACGCGAUCGUACGUGUCCAGCAACGAUCGCUUCAACGAUCUCGCUCUGCAGCGCUGCAGCCAAUCGCGCUCGAUCGACAGAUUCUCCAGCGACCGAUACCUGGCUGGAUCGUCGCCCGCGCACGACGGCAGGCUGUCCGGUUCCGAGGCGUCGCGAUACCUCGUCUCCUCCACUGAACGUCUGCUGGCGCCGACGUCUUCCUCGCCGUCCUCCUCUUCAGAGACUGGCACCAGGUACCACUCGCCCUACACGACGUCCACCGGCACUCAAUCAUCGGCUUCCAACGAACGUUUCCCGUCAAUUUCACCAACGCCCGAAGCGUCGUCGAACGUUCACCGCAGCAAUGGCGGCAACAACGGCUAUCAAAACACGAAGAGCACCGUCGACAAGUAUCUGGUUUCGAAAUCUGUUCAAAGCGGCUAUGAUCGCUAUUCGGUCGGCAGCCAGAACGAUCAUCAGUUUGGUCAAGAUCGAUACUUUGCCUCCGGCGGCAACGGCGACCGUUUUCAAGCUACAUCCGGAGCUGAGCGUUUUCACGCUUCUGCUGAUCGCUAUUCACCGGCGCGCAGCGUCACCGACAAAUAUCUGUCUCUGCCGAAGCCCAAGGACAGGUACACCGGCCGUAUAACGCCCAUUUCUUGCGCCACUUCCGUCGUAGCGACCUCCUCGACCGAUCGCGCUUACGGUUCGUCGAGCGCGAGCUACGUGCCACCAACUGCGCAUACCCCUGUUGAACGAUAUGUACCACAGCCGCCGCCCGAAGUGCUCUACCCGGACAGGUAUGUGGACAGGUACGUGCCACCCGCGGCGCACACGCCGACCGAUCGAUACGUGCCCGCGAGCGAUCCAGGCGAUCCAUACAUGCGUCGGGACCUUGGCUUUCAUCAUCAUUACCGGCUACCGCCGCCCGCCGGUUUUCCAUACCAAACGCCGCACUUCCGGUUCCGCGGCUUCGCGUACGCGACGUCCGCGGGCGGCCGGCACGGCGGCAGCCCCGGCUCCAGCAGCUCCAGCAGCACGGCGUCCAAUCAGAGAGAGACCUUCGUCACGUCGCCGCUGCUGAGGCCCAAGGCUCGCGCGUCCGCGGUCGAGUUCGGCGCCGCCACUUCCGCCGCCGCGACGCCGACGACGACGGCCGGCCGUCACGUGUGCGCGAACCCGGCCGCCUGUUGCGGAGACGCGUCAGCCAACGGAAGAGGCUGCUGCCAGAUGAGGAGGUCCCUGCCGCCCGGGACCCUUCCGCCGAUACCCACCCAGACUUCUUCAUGGCCGUCGCCGAGUUCCGGAACAACGGGCACAUCGACGGUAUCGUCGACGUCCGGCGAGGGCGACGUGACGCAGAGCAUCGGGAUGUACCCGGUGGGCGCCACGACGUCCUCGACCACGACGGUGACUCCGGUUACGACGGCAUCGGCGACCGUGCCGUCUGCCACUUCCGGCAUCUCCGUCGCUACCGGAAGUGUCAGCGGCAUCGCGAGGAGUGUCUCCGCGCCGAGCCCGCGACCGGUUGUCCAGGUCAGCAGCUCCUCGGCGAGCACGUCGACGACCCAGCGGCCGAGACUCAGAAGGAACCAAAGUCGCACCGAUGCUAUUCGAAAUUACAUUAAACGCGAGACAGCGCAGUUCUUCGGAGUCGACGAGGACUCGGAGGCCCUGGAGAAGCAGAGAUGGCUGGAUCGACGACGACGCAUGGCGUCGAGGAAGUACGGCGCGUUGCUACCGGAACACAAGCCCCCGGAUCCGGACAUCACCAGGGACGUACCGGACACGACCGAGACACCGGAGGGUGUCACUCUCAGACGAUGGCAGCAACCGGUUCGAAGGAAAGAUUCUGUGGCAAGGAUGACACUGUCGGGUCUUCAUUACAUCGUCGAGUCGCUGACGAGGCAGCGUCCCCGCGAGCGCUCGCAAUCGCGUCCGGAGUCGCGCAGCUUCCCGCCGAGCACGAUCGCCUACUUAUCGAGAACGGAGGGAGUGUCGUAUCCCGAGAGCGGCCCGGACGAAGAGCAGUCCUUCUUCGAGAGGCCUCCGCCACCUCCACCGCCUCUUCCGGCCCAGCAGUCGCAGCAAACAUCGCAGAUCGAGCAGGCUCCCGGUGGAGGACUCGACAAGGACGAGGAGGUCGGCGUCAAGAUCGCGGAUAUCCUCGACGGCGCGCAGGAUCGCGAGAGGAUCGGUUCCGAGGAUCUGGUUGGGUUCGUACAGCAAAAGGACGACAGGACGACGAUCGACGGACAAGUUAGACGACCCCGUUCGAUCACGAGGGACCACUAUAUUUCCAGAAAGACAAGUUGGAGCAGGUCGAAGUACGACGCGCCCCCGACGGAGGGUACGAGGCUGCCACAGGAGGAAGGGGUGACUCUCCGCAGGGAGAUAACCGGGGCCACAAGGAUCUCCCGCAGCACGAUCGAUCGUGUCUUCGACAACAGCAAUCGACGGAGAUACGGAAUGGGCAUCGUCGGUCGUUUCUUCGGACGAUCUUUUCGAAAGAGCGUCGCGCAAAAGGUAGACGUAAGGAAACAGUUGGAUGACUUCGAGGAUCACCGACCAUAUUUCACGUACUGGAUUACCACUGUGCAAGUAUUGAUUCUGAUAAUAUCUCUGGCGUGUUACGGAUUUGGUCCUGUUGGCAUGGAUAUCACUCAUCGGUCAGGAUUGGUUCUCGUGACGAGUUUGUCGUUGCAACAAGUCGACUAUCAGGAACCCGCGAACUUCUGGUUAGGUCCUAGGGCCGCGGAUCUGAUUCAUCUUGGUGCCAAGUUUGCGCCGUGUAUGCGUCGGGACAUCAAGAUCCUGAAGGAGAUCGACAUCUGGCGGGAAAGGGAACGGGAUACCGCUUGCUGCAUCAGAAACGACGAUUCCGGCUGCGUUCAAUCCAGCAAAGCGGAUUGCUCCGUUCGAGGAUUGAGAUCCACUGUUCCGAAUACAAUCUCGAACUGGAAGAAGUGGGGACCGUCGGACAGUGGACCCGGGGGCCGCAUCAGUGGAUCUGUUUGCGGACUGGAUCCAAAGUUCUGCGACGCCCCGGCAAGCAUCGCGCCUUAUGAGUGGCCGGAUGACAUUACCAAGUGGCCGAUCUGCCGGAAAACCAAUCCCUUUAAUCACCGUUUCAGUAAAAACGGAAAUCAAAGGGGCAGCGGCAAUUUUCCCAUCGGCCGUUACAAGGAUAAGAUGGCGGAGCAUAUGGUUUGCGAGAUAAUCGGUCAUCCAUGUUGCAUCGGGAUUCACGGGAUGUGUCGAAUCACCACCAAGGAGUACUGCGACUUCGUCCACGGUUACUUUCACGAGGAGGCGUCGCUCUGCUCGCAGGUGGAGUGUUUGCACGACGUCUGCGGAAUGAUACCGUUCCUGCAUCCCGAAUGGCCGGACCAGUUCUACAGACUCUUCACCUCUAUCUUCCUUCACGCCGGAAUCGUCCAUUUGGUAAUUACGUUACUGAUCCAGUAUUUUCUGAUGAGAGAUUUGGAAAAGCUGACAGGAUCUUUGCGCAUCGCUUUGAUCUAUUUUAUUGGUGCAUUUGCUGGGAAUUUGGCCAGCGCAAUUUUUGUCCCUUAUAGAGCAGAGGUCGGCCCAGCUGGCGCGCAUUUCGCGCUGCUGGCCACGCUGGUGGUCGAAGUACUGCAUUGCUGGCCGAUGCUGAAGCAUCCGCGUCGCGCGCUGUCCAAGCUGAUCCUGAUCCUGGUGGGAUUGUUGACGCUGGGCAUCCUGCCGUGGGUGGACAACUACGCGCAUCUGUUCGGCUUCAUCUUCGGCUUCCUGGCGGCCUACGCGCUGAUGCCGUUCAUCUCGUUCGGCCAUUACGACCGUAGGCGAAAGAUACUGCUCAUCUGGGUAUGCCUGAUCCUGAUCAUGGGCCUGUUCGCCCUGCUGCUCGCCCUCUUCUACAACGUGCCAGUGUACGAGUGCGAGGUGUGCAAACUGUUCAACUGCGUGCCGUUCACCCGCGACUUCUGCGCCUCCCAGAACAUCAAUUUCAAACGGGAAGAAGUAUGACACACGGGGCCGCGGUUCAUGGUCGAGCGCGAAAUUGUUCCGUUCGGCCCCCGUCUUCACGCUUCUAAUCAUCGCGCACAUCACUAUUAUGGUACACCGUCAUUCACCGCGCUGAUUUUGGCGAUUCUCCUCAUCGAAGCCCGAAGCCACAAAAUCAGUUGAAGCUGAUCCAAGGACUUUUUCGGUUUUUUUUAUGGAUAACCAAAGCUCGAAAUCUUUGAAAUCAUCAAAAGCUUAUUAUAAUUGUAAUAGAAGAAAGUUUUCAGAAAAAAGAAUAGACAUUUUUUCAAUCUUUGGAAAGAGUGUUCUGCGAUCUUUGCGAAAGCUAAAUGCAAAAUCAGAAGAAUUUCUUGAAUUGCUGAAAGAAAACUGGAAGAGGAUGAAUAAAUAUUUUUCUUUGUUAACUGGAGGAAAGAUCGGAAGAAGAGCGUUUAAAAAUAUUGAAUCUUUAAAAAAUAUAAACACGAUAUACAAUAUAUUAAAACCAAAAUUUUAUGAAUCUUUAAAAAGUUGCAAGAACAAAGAAAAUCGAAGAAAGUCUCUUAAAUUUUGGACAAAGUUUGAAAGAAGAUCGAUGAAGAUAUUCUCUUAAAUUCUUAAUCAGAGAAAAAUUAAUAAACAGGGAAUCUUGCAUUUCUGAAAAAGCUGAAAGAAAGUAUCGAAAAACUAAUUUGUUGCCUUUUUCUCGAUAAAACUGAAAGAGAGAUCCAAGAGGAACAUCUCUUAGGCCUUCAAUGAAUUUUUAACGGUCUGAAUUGUCGAGCUUUGAAGAAAUUGUGAGAGGUGAUGCUUUGAAGAUAAUCCGGUUAUUUAACGAUUGCGCUUCCACGACGAUGAAACAAAUCGGAUCAUCGAGCUUUUGGAUGAGAAAAUUUCGCAGGAUCUUUUAUUAUCCAAGUUUCGACGAACUUUGGAGAUCAACAACAACGAUCCCUUUUUCGGAUCGUCCGCGAGAGGGUGGUAUGGUGCAUUCGGGGGACAUGGGGGGUCUGAUAGUGCCUGGAUCGAGCGGGUGAAGGUGAUGGAACCCGACCGACAUUUUCGCUACUGCCAACGAACGUCAGAGAGGAACUCGUGUUCGUCGACGCACGACGAUGCCUUAACAUUAUUAAGUCCCAGCGUAGUGAUUGGCUCCCAACGUGAGCUGGCCGAGGCCCAGCGGGCCUUGAUGGGAGCCCAGAACUCUGAAUCGCCGACGGAGUGUGUGUGUGUGUAUAUAUAUAUAUAUAUAUAUAUAUAUAUAUAUAUGUGUGUGUGUAUAUAUAUAUAUAUAUAUACAUGGAUCUCUUGGAUGACCCGCUAAUUACGACGGAUGGGAUGUUCCAUGGAUCAUUUAGGAUUCCGCAAAGUUUGCGACAUGGUAGCAUCCAUCUCCUCAAGGUCUGUGUUAAUAGGGAGGGAGGAGGAGGAGACGAGAGAGCUGCGGAUGUAAAUAGAAUCGAGUCUUGUUACCGUUGUAAGAACGACUUUAGUAAGUUAACUUUAGGGAGAACUUUGAAAGUGCACACGUCUUUCGUCUCUGCACAAUAUAGUCCCCCGCACCUCCGACAUCCGGAACUAUUGUCUGUGAUGGCUUGACCUUGGAGAUAUUUUUCGUAGCACCGCGACGGCCGCGAGCCUUCCUGCAGGGACGAUCGGCCGAUGUUCACCAUCUGGAUACCAAUCAGGAGCUCGCGAGCAAGCAAAAUUUGCAAAGUAUCACAUUUUUUAAAUGAACGAUAUAUUUGUAGAAAUGGACAAAAUUGUAUUAUAUGCGCAAUAAUUAGUUGAAGCAAUACGUUACAAACUGCUAAUUUAUUAAUAUUAAUAGGAAAUAUUGAUAAUUUCAAUUAAUCACGAAUUUACGAAUAUUUCAAUAAUGUAGUUUUAAACAAAAAGAUUAGGGUGUUACAUUUUGACGAUGAAUUUCUCUCUUAUGAAAUUGUAAUAUAUAAAAUGUAGUACAAAAUAUGAAAUGUGUAAUGUCGUGAAAACUAACAGAUAAGCGAGAUGUCUGAUUGGUGUCCAGAGAGGAUACGCUCCUAAAAUAGGAGGGAAGAGAUAGUCCGAGGCAGAGGAGGCGGAAGGAAAGUGUUAACGAUUUAAGGUGAAACGAAUCAAUUUUUUAUAAUGGCGUGAGAGAGAGCGAGAGAAAGGAAGGCGCGAAUAUCAGAAUUCUUAAUCAAUUUCCAAGUCUGUAAAUACAUAUUUGCGAUAAGUGAGAGAGAUGAGGGAGUAGUUAAGAGAGGCGGUGGAAGAAACAGAUACACGAUAUAUAAUAUGUGCGCGAGAUGAUUUGCUGAGUUAUUUUUCUUUUUUAUUUCGAAAGGAUCCAGACGCUACCAGCGUUUCAUAAUUAUUAUACAAGAGCUUUUUUUUUUUUUUUUUUUUUUAUAUAUCUAUGCGACGUGAAUAAAUUCAAUUCUUUCUAUCCGAGUCUGUUUUAAUCCGUAUUUUAUCUACAAUUCGUCGCAAUGAUACAUACAUGUGUGCAUAUGUCAUUUUGUUAGAGAAAUAAAUUAAUUCAAUGAUGUAUACACGCAUGUAUAUGUCAUUUUGUUCCAGAAAUAAAUUAAUUCUGCGGGUCUGUAAAAUUAUAUUAUAACCGUGGUCAGAUCAAAGUAAAACAGAAAUGCAUUAUUCGUUCGGUCAAUCAAGACGAUUUUAAAUAACGAGAAACCAUGUUCAGAGCAAGGAAAUACAAUUUUAACCAGAAAAAUAUUAAAUAUGUAAAAUAGAUCGUGCAAAUUUGCAACUAAAAUUAUUAAAAUUAUGAAACAGCAGCACUCUAUCGCAUGUGUAUCUUCUUUAUAUGAUAUAUUUCUGUAUGAACGUGCGUAUAUACAUUUAUUUAUUAUUUCAUUAUCAAUUAUUCGAAAUACUACUUUUCCCCGGCAGAGCGUCCACACAUACGUAAUCACUUUUUAGUCCUUUCAAAAUAGUUGAACAGAUUGAGUAAAGGCGAGUCUACGGCGAUACUUCAGUGAUGAUUUGCAUACGAAAAUUCGAUUAUAUUACGAAUAACAUAUACGUGCGGGAUGCAAAUGUAGCUUUACAGAAAAAUGCCAAUUGCAAGCGUAUCAUACCGAUAUUAUAACUGACAUUAUUUCAUCCAAAUCUGUGCAUUUUGGAAACUUUGUGAUACACGAUUCGAUGAUCGCACGAAGGGAAAAGAUGGAUGGAAUCUCGAAAAGAGAGAGAGGAAAAAUAAGAGGGAAGCUCUCUGUGUAUGUGCGUG